UUUUCCUAAACACAUUACAAUGCUGAAACAGGUCGCCUUGCUGGCCUUUUUUGGUUUGCUUUGUGCCCUCAUGGGUGUAUCUGCAGCCGACGAUGAUAAGAAACAAUAUGGCACAGUUAUUGGUAUUGAUUUGGGUACCACAUACUCUUGUGUCGGUGUGUUGAAGAACGGACGUGUCGAUAUUAUUGCCAACGACCAAGGUCAUCGUAUCACCCCCUCCUAUGUCGCCUUUACCGAUGAUGAACGUCUUAUCGGUGAUGCCGCCAAGAACCAGUAUGCCGCCAACCCUGAACGUACCGUAUUCGACGCUAAGCGUCUCAUUGGCCGUCGUUAUAAGGAUAAGGAUGUUCAGUCUGACAUGAAGCACUUCCCCUUCAAGAUCGUUAACAAGAACGGCGCACCCAACAUCAAGGUUGACGUCAAGAAUGAAGAAAAGGUUUUCACUCCUGAAGAAAUCUCUGGUAUGAUCCUCACUAAGAUGAAGGAAACCGCCGAAGCUUACCUCGGAAAGCCCGUCACCCACGCCGUUGUCACUGUCCCUGCCUACUUCAACGAUGCUCAGCGUCAGGCAACCAAGGAUGCCGGUACCAUUGCCGGUCUUAACAUUCUCCGUAUCAUCAACGAACCCACUGCUGCCGCUAUUGCCUAUGGUCUCGAUAAGACCGGUGGUGAGAAGAACGUCCUCGUUUACGAUCUCGGAGGUGGAACCUUUGAUGUCUCCCUUUUGUCAAUUGAUGAUGGUAUCUUUGAGGUCUUGGCUACUGCUGGUGAUACCCACUUGGGUGGUGAAGAUUUCGAUAGCCGUGUUAUGGAUCACUUCAUUAAGCUCUGGAAGAAGAAGAACCCCGGAGAGGAUGUUACCACUGAUCUCAAGGCUAUGGGCAAGCUCAAGCGUGAGACCGAAGUUGCCAAGCGUGCCUUGUCUUCCCAGAUGUCCGUCCGUAUUGAAAUCGAAUCUUUCUUCAAUGGCAAGGACUUCUCCGAGACCUUGACCCGUGCCAAGUUUGAGGAACUCAACAACGAUCUUUUCCGCAAGACCCUCAAGCCUGUUGAGCAGGUCCUCAAGGAUGCUGGUUUCACUAAGGAUCAGGUUGAUGAGAUUGUAUUGGUUGGUGGUUCUACUCGUAUCCCCAAGGUCCAGAAGUUGCUCGAGGAUUACUUCAACGGAAAGAAGCCUUCCAAGGGUAUCAACCCCGAUGAGGCUGUCGCUUACGGUGCUGCUGUCCAGGGUGGUAUUUUGUCUGGUGAGGAAGGUUCCGAUAAGGUUCUCUUGUUGGAUGUCAACCCAUUGACUCUUGGUAUCGAGACCACUGGUGGUGUUAUGACCAAGCUUAUCCCCCGUAACACUGUCGUUCCCACCAAGAAGUCUCAGAUCUUCUCUACUGCCGCCGACAACCAGCCCACCGUCUUGAUCCAGGUCUACGAGGGUGAGCGUGCCAUGACCAAGGACAACAACCGCCUCGGCAAGUUCGAGCUCAACGGUAUUGCCCCUGCCCCCCGUGGUGUUCCCCAGAUUGAGGUCACCUUCGAAAUCGACGCCAACGGUAUCCUCAAGGUCGCUGCCUCCGACAAGGCAUCUGGAAAGUCUGAGUCUAUCACUAUCACCAACGACAAGGGCCGUCUUUCCCAGGAAGAUAUUGAGCGCAUGGUUAAGGAAGCCGAGGAGUUUGCUGAUGAGGACCGUGCCAUCCGUGAGCGCACCGAAUCUAAGAACCAGCUCGAGAACUACAUCUAUAACCUCAAGAGCCAGCUCUCUGAUGAUGGUGCUCUUGGUACCAAGAUCUCUGCUGAUGAUAAGGAAGCCAUUGAGGAUGCUAUUAAGGAUAAGCUCGAUUGGCUCGAUGAGAAUGCCUUGGCCGAGAAGGAAGACUUUGAUGAGAAGCGCGAGGAGCUUGAGUCUGUCGUGAACCCCAUUACCUCCAAGCUUUAUUCUGAAGCUGGUGACAAGGAUGAGCCCUUAAGAGAUCACGAUGAGCUUUAAGUUCGCUUUUUUCUUUUAAUCAUAUUCAACCCCCCUUUUUUUAAUAUUUCACGCAUCUUGUAAAGAAGUCUAGGAUUUUCUCUUUACAAAAAAAAAUAUACACGCACCCAUACACCCAUUCAAUAAACUUAAAGUACAAUCCAAUUUUUUUUCAACUUAAUAAAAAAAAGUUCCGAAUGAAAAAAUAAAACAAUGAAACUAUAGAAUUU